CAAAAACAAUCGGCAUCCCUCACACAGUGGAGUAUAAACAGGAGGAACCAAACCGAAUUUAGAUAAUAUAAACCUUUUUUCACCGACACCGACACCACCGAGGGAGACAUGGUUUCUCCGGUAACAGUGGUCAAGAGUGAAGGCCCAAAGCUGGUGCCAUUCUUCAAGGCAACCUGUGUAUACUUUGUCCUGUGGCUGCCUACCUCGAGCCCAUCCUGGUUCAGCGCCCUCAUCAAAUGCCUGCCCAUCUUCUGCCUGUGGGUCUUUUUACUGGCACACGGCUUCAGCUUCUUAGGUGCUCACUCCAGUGCCCGCAAGAUCUUGGCUGGCCUCAUCUUUUCUGCUCUGGGUGAUGCCUUUCUCAUCUGGCAGGAACAGGGCUACUUCGUCCAUGGCCUUCUGAUGUUUGCCAUCACCCACAUCCUCUAUUCAUCUGCCUUUGGGAUGAAACCCCUUAAUGUGUGCGCUGGCCUCGUGAUCACUGCUGUGUCCUCGCUGAGCUACAUCCUGCUGUACCCCUACCUGUCUGGCCCCUUCACCUAUCUGGUGGCCGUCUACAUCGCUCUAAUCGGCUUCAUGGGCUGGAGGGCCAUCGCAGGCCUGCAGCUGGCCAAUGACCUGUGGACCUGGACCAAGCUGUCUGCCUGCCUAGGCGCCGUGCUCUUCAUGGUCUCCGACCUCACCAUCGCCGUCAACAAGUUCUGCUUCCCCGUGCCCCAUUCACGUGCCAUCAUCAUGGCCACCUACUAUGCCGCCCAGAUGCUGAUAGCGCUAUCGGCCGUUGAGUGCCAGGACGUGGAGGUGGCCAGGAAGAGAACAUGAGGUACCACGGUCUCCACAGCAACCAGCCACAAAGCUGGAAAGGUGGCAGCCAGCCUCCCUUUAACCCUGAGUGAUCAUGGACACAUCUCACUGCCAGAUCCCCAACCCUCAGCCCUCAUCACAGUGUGGUGCUCCCACACCGUUGUUACCACCGCAACAGGUCCACCACAGAAUUUACAUGGCUGUCCCCCCCAGUACCCCACUAGUAUGGCAGUCUCACACCUGUCUUCUUACCACGAAGACACGGUAGUAUUAUCUUCAGCCUCUCCCCACAACAGGCCUACCUGCUUCCUCCAAUCCUAGACGGUGGCGAUGGUCUCUCAACCUAGUUACCAUGGAGACAAGUGUAGUAAUAUUAACCUGCUAUCUAUAGAGAGUAUUACUUUUAACUGUUAUGUUUUAAUUUAAGGGGAGCAUGUCACUGGGGACCUUCAAGGAGUGUGUGUGCAAGAGCAUUUUUAUGUGUGUGUGUGUGUGGGUGUUUGUGUGUGUUUGUGUGUGAGAGAAUGUGCGUGUGUGCAUUUCUAUGUGUUUGAUUAACACUCUUACCUCGCUUUCCACACAGUCCCAUCACACACAGUCACCACACUGACAACACACACAUCUUUUCUUGUGGUCCAAUAAUACAAUUUAACAUCUUAUUUUUUGUCAUUUGUUUUGUUGCCUGAGACCUUGUUAAAAAGGGAGUGUUUUUUUGUUAGUUUGUUUUUUGUUCUCUUUUUUUACUGACCAUGUUCGGUCUCUGUUGUUUUGUGUUUCCCUAAAUUAAGGGUGCUAUUCUUAAAGUCAGGGGCAUAUCCACACCUGAUUUCUUACCAGGAGUCCCUUCCAUUUCAUUAACACCAACCACCCUGCCUUUGUUCACUCCACUAUUUAACAUCUUUAACACAUUUAUACCCACCUUUUGUCUCUCUGGACAAAUUAUUUUUCUACAAGGAUGUCCUUGAAUAAUUAGAUGCUCAGGAGAUGAAUGACAGACAAAAAUAAGGAAAUGAGGUGGAAAGGAAGAGGGAAAGUUGCGUGACUGCAAAAACCACAGUGUAUUGUAGCUUUAGUGGGAGUUAGAGGAGGUUGAGGUUGUUUGUGGAAGCUCAGUUCUUCCUGCUGAGAUUUUAUUGACACUGUCCUGCUGUCACAAAGAGAACACAGUAAACAUUGUAGUCAUAGCCGACCACUGAACACAUUACGACUUGCUGUACUGUACACCUGCUUCUCCUUUUAGUGUGAAGUCUUUCCGGCAUUUUACAGCGUUUUUCCAGCCAGCAGUUUUUUAAGACAUGCUGGUGCAAAUGUCGACACGUUCACACACCUGACACCUACAGCUCCUGCUGGUUUAGUUAUUAGGAAAAGCUCAUGGGGUUCUAACUGGUGGACUAGAUCAGCUGACCCAUGUUGUUUUUGGCCUGGGAAAAUGUUAUGGAGACUGAAAUGAAAGGGCUAUGUUACUGACUGGAUUAUCUUUUUGUUGAUCAGCUCCAUGUGUGUGUGUGUGUCUCGUCCUCAGAGGACAUUCACUCAUAAUGACAGACACAAACAUGCAAAUGGUAGGUACACAUUGCCCUGGGGUAGUCUGACCGAAUGAAAAAAGGGACAUGGUGGGUACAGGCUUGUCAUGUGAGGGAAUAGUUAUCCCAUUAUUCUCAAUAAUUCCGUCUCACAGGACACUUCAUCAGCUUUAAUCCUGCAAAAUCCACCUCAGGUAAUCCCCAACGGGCUGGCUGAUAUUUUGUCUUUCAUCCAUCACUCAUUUUCCUCCCUCUUACCUUUCAUUUGUUUCAGCCUCUGCAAACAAUUUAUGUUAGAAUGAAGUGUCUUACUAAAUAUUUAAGAGAUAUACUAUAACUCUUUCUCCAGAUGUCUACAUAUAUUGUAUAUGCAUGUUUUGAGUGUGCGUGGGUGAGAGUGUGUGUCUCAGCUGUCGAGUGAAGGUCUGUGUGUACUUACAACCACUCAAAAUCAACUCAAGGCCAGAAAUGCUGUGAACCAUCAUAGUUUAUAUGGAGUAGACACUCUACUGGAUAUCUGUAAUGUAUUCUCACAAGGCUCUUAAACCCGUCGUCAUACCCAUCUCCACCUCUUCAUGUGUUUUAUCGCAUCCCCUGAAUACUUAUUUGUUGUCGUUUGAAGAUGACUUUAAGUUAGUAUUUGAUUGGGUACAUUCAAACUGAGGAGGUAUCUGUUAUCCAUGUUUCAUGAGCAUUUCCACAGCUGAACAUGGCUCCUCUUGACUGUACUCUUAUAUAUUACGAGCAUAUGUCACUUUCUGAUUAAUACCACUAACAGUUUAUAUAUUGGAAAGAAAAUCGAUUUUAUAACAAAUGUAAAAUAGAAAUUGAAAGUAUUAUUCACUAACAAAGAAAAUAACAAAGGGACAGGUUUUGGUGUGUAAUGGUUCAGUCCACAUGCACCAAUACAUGAUAUAAUGUGCUGUAUAAAAAGCAGCAUAUGGGAAUGAAAAAGAAACAAACCCAUGUUAUGGGUUCCUUCUGUUGAGCCAAUGACCCCUGGAGCUGUCGGUAACACACCCACAUACGCACAAAAUACAAAACAAAAAAAACGCAUACACAUCAAAAUCUGUUUAUGCUUCACAUCAGCCACCAUGACAGGUCUGCGGGCAGACCAUGGUGUUGACACUCAUCAAAGUUUUUUUUUUCAAACUUCGACACAAUCUUAUUUUAACCAGAAAGACUGUGGCUUUGACAAAUAGUUCCUCAAUCUCCUUUUGGCCUGUCAGCAUGCUUGUCAGUGUGAUAUUUCUGCUUUGUCAGUCAGAAGUGUUUCAUGAGACUGUCUGUGACCACUCGUCUUCUGUUCCAUGUUUUAAUUUGUCCUCCCAGCAUUGCGGCAAAGUCCCGCUCUGCAGCACUCUCCCUCUCCUCGUCUCAUCCACCUUGUCGACAGAAACACGUUCUGUCAACAGUUAAUAUACAGCCUUUGUGCUGAAAGAAGUCCACAGGGGCUUGCUAGCAGACAUGCUAGUCUGUUCUGUCUUAAAUCAGAGUUUAGUGGAGUACGAGAAGAGAUGCUGGUUAACAUGAUUGACUCUAGUAUGCAGCCUAAAGUAAAAACAUGAGGGGAUGAUAAGAUUGAGUCAAGCAGUCUUACUCAUCCUUACUAUGUGGGCAAUUUAUGUAAGCCCUACUUUCUUUGUCCUCUGCCACAUAGAGUCUCCUGACUUUUGUUCUUGUGGUCUAAUGGCCACACGCCAAAACACAGGAUUUACUUUGAAGUAUUUUUGAGAUUAUCUUUGCUGGUCAGACCACACUUUGGAAAAUCUCCAUGACUUUGCAAAGUGAAGUAGCUUUUUUUGAGCAACAGAUGAGAGGUAGCCUAUAAAGCAAGAAAUGAACUCAAAAUUUUGUUGCAAAGCUGACAGUUAUUAUGCCUAUAUGGUGGAUUUUGUUUUUAAUAUUCGCUCAGUUUCUUCCUCUUGACUUGGGCACAGAUAACCAAAGCUGAAAGCAUAACAGAAAACUGUACUCAUUUUGCUGAGUGGAACUUGUUAGCAUUAGAGCCUUCUCAUGUAUCAGACAAGCUUUUGCAAGAGGCAGAGGUCCCUCCCCUCGGUGGUGCAGGAGGGUUGUUGGCCUUUCACUUAGGAAGAAGGUUAUUGUUGAGCGAUACUGUAGCUGGAAUUAGGUGAGGAGGUGAAAUAUGACACACAGGGGAAGACUCCCUUUCCAUCCGGCCCGUUAGCUGCCAUCCUGUCCCCCCUACAGAUGGCAGGCCAGCAGGCGCAUCACUUUACCUCAGCCUGUCAACAGCCCUGUUGUUCUGAGCUUUGUGCAUGCAGACAAAAGGGGACCCGAGAGAGCUGUGGAGACCAAUAUGGUUUGGCCUGCCCCGUGAGUAAUGAGCUGGAACCAGUAGUUGUUGUAGUAGAGAGGGCGUUGUGGUUUCAUUUGGUUUCAGUUGGCACCUUUCUUUGCUCGCUCUGUUUCUAUCCGCUGUUUCUCGUGAUCUUUGAUUUGAAACCUUUGCUGUUAAUGAGCUGCGCCCAUUAUCAUGCAGCUGGUGACAUCCAAAAAAACAUAGAGUUGUAAAGUUUGUAUAUCUUUACUCAUGCAUGACAAGUAGGUUGAAAUGAAUCCUCCACAUCAACACUUACCUUACGGUGAUGGAAAAGUGCACACUACACAAACAGGUGUUUUUACUGCUAUGACUGACAGUCCUCCAACAUCAGUAUAAGCCUAUGAGAUGUAUGUCAAAUGCUCAUCUUCUCUCAGUAACUUUAAUGUGUAUCUACUGUGUGCUGCACUUUUCUGCACCCAGAGUAAGGCCAGUCAGUCUCUCCUUAAAACUAGAAGCUAUAGUGUUUAAAACGAAAGGACUGUUAUGUACUGUAUUCUUUAAACUAUAUACUCAUCUUUUCUUUAUCUUUUCUUUUUUUAUGAGUUACAACAGAGGUUACUGGUUAAACACAGUUUGGUUUUGAUGUUGGCCCAAAAUGAAUGUUUUUUUUUCUGCCUGUUGCUGUGAGAAAAGCUGGGUUUGUUUUCCACAAAUAACUUUUGAUUUUCCUUUUUUUUUCUAAUUUUUCAUUGAAGGCCCAUUGCAAUGCAUCAGUUGACUUCAUUUCAUGAACAAAUGUUUUUAUUUUAUUCUCUGAUCCACUUUACCUUGUUGUCCUUGAUUUUCACUAUGUGAUUUAUUUCUUUCAUGACUGUAGAGAUGAAAUAGUUUCUUUGCUGUAGUGAAACUGCUAUGAAUGUGAAUAUCUAUUGGAGAAAUAAAUGCAAUUACAAUGCAACUUCA